UUGAGUACGCUGUGUCUGUGUGGGAAAUGCACCGUGUGCAUUUCAGAUUGAGUACGCUGUGUCUGUGUUGGAAAUGCACCAUGUGCAUUUCAGUUUGAGUACGCUGUGUCUGUGUUGGAAAUGCAGCUCAGUGAUUGCCCUCUGUGUGUACAGCAGGCUCCUGUUAAAGGCAGUGUGUAGAUGAAGGGGGUGCAGAGGGUGGAGUUGGGGACCCUGCUGCAGGUCACCCAGGCCUUGGAGGCGGUGGUGGGCCCGUGCUUCGGUCCGUCCGGGGGCCAGGUCCUCUUCACCCGUGACUCUGGAGAGGUCCUCAUCACCAGGGAUGGCCGCAGGAUCCUUACCUCCCUUCGGUUUGACCAUCCCGUUGCCAGAGUCCUGGUGGGAUGUGUAUCAGCACACUGUAAGAUCACGGGUGAUGGAGCCAAGUCCUUCCUUCUCCUGCUGGGGGCGCUUCUGCGGGGUAUCCACGGCGACCAUCUCCACGGCAUUCAGGCCCGCCGCGUGGCUCACAUUCUGCUUUCCUUCCAGACGCUCGUUUUGGAUGGCGUGAUCGGGCAGGGCCUCGCCCGCGCCCUGUCCUUCUCCAGGACCCCGCCCACCUGCGCCCGCUCACGGACGCCUACUUCCGGGGAAAGACGGCGAGCUCCCACUGGGGGGGACUGCACCGGCGUGACCCUGAUCGCCCGCCACUUCGCUGCGCUCCACGCGCCCGUACCAGGCCUGCCCGUGAGCCGGUCCCGGGUCCUCGAGGGCCUGGUGAUCCACAGAGACUUUGCGGUGCGUUGCCCUGGCGACGGGCCGCUCGAGCGUGGCCACAAGCGUGCCGCUCCAGUCCCUCUGGCGCCCCUGGCCGAGCAGUCGGAGCUGGCGCUGGACCUCGCUCGGCGGGCCGGCCUGUCCGUGGUGGAGUGCGUGGACAGUGACGAGCUGGCGCUGUUCUGUCGGCUGGCGGGGGCGGAGCUCUUUGCCGACCCCGGUGACUGGAGCCUGAUUGGAGAGGAGCACGUUGCCACGGUGACAUUCUGCAAGCCCGUGGUGCUGGGUCCCGACAGGUUGGCCCACGUGGGCUUCCCAGAGGGGCGGGGCUUGGCACCGCACUGCCUGGUUCUGUGCGGGCCCAGUCCCGGCCUGGCGGAGCAGUGCAGCACAGCCUUCUGCGGACUGUUCCGGAUGCUUCAGCGCGUGUGCGAGCCUGUCCUGUCGCGUCACGGACAGGGUCCUGUCCAAUCACAUCACCCGCAGGGCAGGGAGGAGGACAGUGAGAACGUAGCUCAUUACAUGGUCAAACAACCCGGCCUACACAAUGGCACAAGGUUAGAUAGAGCACCCGCCAGCAUGAGGGACAAUGCCCACCUGAGCACUGACAGCACAGAGGCUGGAGGGCCACAGGCCCUUAUUAAGGACCCAAACAGGGGUGAGGGGCCACCGGCCCUCAUUAGGGACUCAAACAGGGGUGAGGGGACACAGGCCCUCAUUAGGGGCCCAAACAAGGGUGAGGGGCCACUGUGUGCAGGCCAAAGCCAAAAUCCUGACAGCACAGAGCCCGAAGCAGAACCUGAACAUCCAAUUCCGGACUGGCUACGAAAUGGCAAGGCAUCAGGAGAGCGGCCCGGCGUCCAUUUUGGGGAAGGGAAAGAAGGAGCAUUGGGGACCCGUACCCGAGAAACAGGCCCCGCCUCUUCAGGUGUCCUAAUAGAGGCAGGCAGCGUGCUACCAGCAGGGGGCGCGUUUGAGUUCGUACUGCACCACUGCCUCCUGCAGCAGGCCUCCCAGCGGCGCUGCCCCGACCUGCGCGCGGCCUGCCGGCUGGUGGCGGGGGCCGUACUGAGCGUGCCCAGGCGGCUGUACCCCGGCCCACGCUUCCUGGAUGCCCAGUCACACUUCCUCAGGGCCUCUGGCCGCCGCCCCCCCCCCCCCAGCCGACCGACUGUAUUAUGUUAG